UGUACAGGACAAUUAAAAACAGACAUGUGUCUCUACUCAAUAUUCUCCAUACUGAUUGAAGGAGGUUAUUGCAACCAAGUUUCAGAUCUGUUUCCUUUUCUAACCUGUCAUUUUCUUCUCUCUGUUUGUUUCUUUUCUUAACCUUUCAUUUCUCAUUUCUCUGUCUCUUCUACUCAAUAAUACUGCCUCUAAUUUUGACUUGACAAAGUCUAUCCCAAAACAUCUCCUACCAUUUGUUAAUAAUCUUGUUUUCUCAUAAUACAUCUUCAUCUCUCAAACCAAACACAAACAAACUUCUUCUUCAGUUACAAAUUUGAAACAUGGCUGAGGCUGUGCUUGAACUUGUGCUUCACAAUUUGAACUCACUCAUUCAAAAAGAGCUUGGCUUAUUUCUGGGUUUUGAUCAAGACUUUAAUAGUCUUUCCAGCUUGCUGACAACAAUCAAGGCUACACUUGAAGAUGCUGAGGAGAAACAGUUCACUGAUAGAGCUAUCAAGGAUUGGCUGCUUAAGCUCAAAGAUGCUGCUCACAUCCUUGACGACAUCUUGGAUGAGUGUGCCACUCAAGUGUUGGAGAUGGAGUGCAAAGGUCUGUCACACAAGGUACAAAGCUCUUUCUUAUUCUCUUUUCAUCCAAAGCAUGCCGUUUUCCGUUACAAAAUUGCUAAGAGAAUGAAGAGGAUAAGAGAGAGGUUAGAUGAAAUCGCUCAAGAAAGGAGCAAGUUUCAUUUGACUGAGAUUGUUAGAGACAAGAGAAGUGGAGUCCUUGACUGGCGCCAAACAACUUCAAUCAUUACUCAACCUCAAGUCUACGGAAGAGAACAAGAUAAGGAUAGAAUUAUUGAGUUUUUGGUAGGUGAUGCUUCUAGUUUUGAGGAUUUGUCUGUUUAUCCAAUAGUUGGUCUUGGUGGACUUGGAAAAACAACACUUGCCCAACUUAUAUUCAAUCAUGACAAGGUAGUCACUCAUUUUGAGCUGAGAAUCUGGGUAUGUGUUUCUGAAGAUUUUAGUUUGAACAGAAUGACAAGAGCCAUCAUAGAAUCAACAUCUGGCCAUGCUUGUGCAGAAAUGGAUCUAGAUCCAUUACAAAGAAAACUUCAAGAUCUGCUAAAAGGAAAAAGGUAUUUGCUAGUGCUGGAUGAUGUGUGGGAUGAUGAACAAGAAAAUUGGCUGAGGUUGAAAUCUGUAUUGGCAUGUGGAAGAAAAGGCGCGUCAAUUUUGGUCACCACUCGUCUUCUAAAGGUUGCAGCAAUCAUGGGAACAAUACCCCCUCAUGAUUUAUCAAUCCUAUCAGACACUGAUUGUUGGGAAUUAUUGAAACAAAGAGCCUUUGGACCAAAUGAGGAAGAGAGGGAAGAACUUGUGGCCAUAGGAAAGGAGAUAGUAAAGAAGUGCGGGGGAGUGCCUCUUGCGGCAAUGGCAUUAGGAAGUCUCUUGCGUUUCAAAAGAAAGGAAAUAGAGUGGCUCAAUGUCAAGGAAAGCCAACUGUGGAAUUUACAAGGUGAAGAUCAUGUCAUGUCUGCCUUAAGAUUAAGCUAUUUGAAUUUGCCAGUAAAAUUGAGACCGUGUUUUGCCUUGUGUGCACUGUUUCCCAAAGACAAAAUAAUAGACAAGAAGUUUUUGAUUGAUCUUUGGAUGGCUAAUGGUUUUAUUUCAUCUAAUGGAAUGCUGGAAGCAGAAGAUAUUGGCAAUGAGGUGUGGAAUGAGUUAUAUUGGAGAUCAUUUUUUCAAGAUAUUGAGAAAGAUGAUAUUGGUGAAAUUAAAAAAUUUAAAAUGCAUGACCUUGUUCAUGAUCUUGCUCAAUCUAUUGCGGAAGAGGUUAGUUGUUACAUUCCAAAAUCAAACCUAUCUAAAAGAAUUCGUCAUCUCUCAACUUAUGGUGAGAAAUCUUCUAUGGUAGUCGGUUCUACACAGUUGCAUGAAAUCAAAUCAUUAAGGACCUUUGUAACGCGUCAAUACAAUUAUUCCUCACCUCAAGUACUAAAAUGUUAUUCUUUACGAGUACUUGAUUUCGAAAGAAUGAAAGAGUUGCCAUCUUCGAUUUUUCGUUUGAAACAUUUAAGAUACUUGAAUCUUUCUAAUGGAAAAUUCAAAACUCUUCCAGAAUCUUUAUGUACUAUGUGGAACUUGCAGAUUUUAAAGUUAGAUGAUUGUGAAAGCCUCCAAAGGUUGCCUUAUGGGUUGGUACAGUUGAAAUCUCUACAACAUCUAUCUUUAGAGGAUUGUUACUCACUAUCAAGUUUGCCUCCACAUAUAGGGAUGUUGCCUUCGCUAAAAACUUUAACAAUGUAUGUAGUUGGCAAGAAAAAAGGAUUUCUUUUGGCGGAACUAGGACAAAUGAAGCUUAAAGGAAGCCUUUGCAUUAAACACUUGGAGAGAGUUAAAAGUGUGAUGAGUGCCAAAGAAGCUAAUAUGUUGAGAAAGCAAGUGAAAAAUUUGGAAUUGGAAUGGAAGAUAAAUGAAGAGUCCCAAUUACAAGAAAAUGUUGAGGAGAUUCUUGAAGUGCUUGAACCUCAAACCCAACAACUUCAAAGUCUGAGAGUGAGAGGAUAUACAGGUGCCUAUUUCCCACAAUGGAUGUCUAGUUCGUCUCUAACUAUUUUAACUCAUCUAGAACUUGUGAGUUGCGAAAGUUGUUUACACCUUCCAGACUUGGGGAAACUUCCUUCUCUAACGAAUCUAAUAGUAUCUAACCUGAGUCAUGUAAAUUACCUAUAUGAGGAGGAUUCAUGCAAUGGUGGAGUUGCAGGAGGUUUCACAAAACUAGAAAAAUUGGUACUAGAGCAGUUGCCGAAUCUGGUAAGGUUAUCAAGUGAGGAUAGAGAUAACAUGUUUCCGUGCCUUUCAAAAUUUGAAAUUACAGAAUGUCCUAUACUGUUGGAAUUGCCUUGCCUUCCAUCUCUCAGUGAAUUACGUGUACGAGGGAAAUGCAGCCAACAUUUACUAAUUUCAAUUCAUAAACAUCAUACUCUUGAACAACUUUGGUUCGACUUCCAUACAGAGCUAAGUUUCUUUCCAACUGGGAUGCUAAGAGACCUCCCUUCUCUAAAGAAUCUUUACAUUCAUGGCCUUUCCAAACUUGAGCAACUUCCAACUGAUAUCAAUAACACUAAUGUUAUCCAAGAGAUACAUAUUAGUGGUUGCAAGAACCUCAAGUCAUUGGCAGAUGAAGUAUUACAUGGAUUGCACUCUCUUAAGACAUUGAGUAUUAAGAGGUGCCAAAAGUUCAACCUAUCAGAAAGUUUUCAAUACCUCACUUGUCUUGAGAAUUUGACAGUCCAAGAUUGCCCAGAAAUAGAAGGUUUGCAUGAGGCAUUGCAACAUAUGUGUGCUCUUCAAUCUUUGUCAUUGGCUAAUCUUCCGAACCUGGCAUCCUUACCUGACUGGUUAGGAAACCUUGCCUUGCUUCAAGAAUUGGAGAUUUAUAAUUGUCCAAAGGUGACAUGUCUUCCCAUGAGCAUUCAACGCCUUACUAAUCUGAAAACUUUGGAAAUUUACCAUUGCAGUGAGUUAGGGAAACGAUGUAAAGAGAACACUGGUGAGGAUUGGCAUAAAAUAGCCCACGUUCAAGAUAUUGCCAUAGGGAGUCUUUAAGAGUCUUUGAAGAGCAUUAUAUUGUUGGAUGCAAUUGUUUUUUAUGUUUGGAUAUUUUUAUUUUAUAGGGAAUAUAUAAAGAGUACAAUAUUGACUUUAUUAAUAA